ACGGACACGAGCUUAAAUGGAAGCCCGACACGUGGUUGGCGCGUCGGGUCGCCGGUCUGCGAGGGGGAACGGGAGCGAUGCACGCCCGCUAACGCCAACCCACGUCAAGGUCAACGUCAGUGUCAAUGUCAAUACAGACGGAUGACUAGCGCUGUGCGGGUCGUUGGUGACCCUGGCCGGAGGUGGAGUGUGUGUGUGUGUGUGUUGGCCGAGGAACGGACUCUUUGGGGGGAGUCGCCUCGGAGCACCCCUCAUGUGCACCAUCCACACCUGUACCAGCUCAGCCACACGCAUCAUGGCGGUGCGCGGGAUGUGAGUCCACGUGAAACGCGGCUGAAGAUUGUCGACGAGUGGCGGAUAUCCGGUGACCCGCUGGAAUGCAACAGGAACAGACCUCUGUGGCCUUGUGAUGAUCGGAGAAAGAUGACGGUAUCAUGCAUUAAACUUUGGAUGACGGCUUGUGUGAAGACUUGGUUCCGACAUAAAACCAAACUACAGUCUACAUCAUAUGGACCAAGCCAGCGGUUCAUCGAUGCAUAUCAUACGCAAUAUGCAAGCUUAUUGCAACGAACUGCUGCCUCGCCGCCGAGGCGUGUUUGAUGCGUUUACAUAAGCUCAGCUCCUCAGCUUUAGAGAAUUGCAUCCUUCUGGGGGGGGGUUUUUUUUUCUCCCGCGCCAGCAGGACCGGAUUUGCACCGGAUGACAAAACCAGCCUUCUCAUUGGCGAGUUCCCGCCCUCUCCAGAUCCAGAAGUACGUGGUACCAUCUUGGGUACCUAGG